CUGAAAAACCAGACAGUCAGUCCACGGAGACACUCUCUCAACCCCAUUAACUUCCAACGCCGACCCACCAUGGCUUCUCUUCAACCGUCGUGGCUCUCUGCUCUCAACUCCAUCAACACCAUCUCUCCCUCAAAACCCACUGUCUUCCCCUCCACAAUCCUCAACAAAACCCACUCAUUAAAGCCAUUGAAGCUCUCCUCCUCUGUGAACCCAUCCAAUGCUGAAUCUUCAGAACCCAUUUCACCAAACUCUCCGGAACCUGUGCCGGCUGCUAUUGACCCUGUGAAGCUCGCGUUUGAAAAAGCUAAGGCGUAUAAGAAGGAGGUAAAAUCGAAACUGGUUCCGAAAAUUGAGCAGAACCCAGUUGAGGAUUCUGGGACUAAGGAAGUGCCGGUUUCAGUUAAGGUUGCGAUGGAGAGGGCGAAAGAGUACAACAAGAAUAAAGGUGUUGUGAGUGGUGGCAAGAAUGGUGGAGAGAGUGACACAGUUUCAGGAUUGGAGAGAAGCAAUGGGGGGAACCUUGGAAAUGCGGUUGUGGAGAAAACGGUUAGUAAGAAGGGGAAACUCUCAGUUUCAAGCAUGGAUUUUAUGGGACUUGACUUUGCAGAUAAGAAGAGGAGCAGGGGACUACCUCCUGGGCUGGUUCCUGUUUCAGAAUCUUUCCCGGAUGGGGACUUGCCAGAGGUGGAGUUGAUUGUUGGGGAUACCAGCUAUUUCGAAGACACAACAGAAUCUGAGCCCACGCUGCCUCAGGAAUAUGAUUCAGAACUUUACAAGCCAAAGGUUUCUUCAUGGGGAGUCUUUCCUAGACCUGGAAAUAUUUCAAAAACGUUUGGUGGUGGAAAAGUUAUACGCCCUGGGCAGGUGCUUGAAACAGCAGAAGAGAGAGCUGCUAAAGAAGCACGAACAAGAGAGUUAGUAGCUGCCUACAAGAGUAAAAUUGGCUUAAAGAUCGAUCCAAAGUUAAAAUCUGAAUGUGAGGAGGCAAUAAAGGAUGGAGACUCAUUAAUGAAUCUUGGAAAGCUUCAGGCAGCAUUGCCCUAUUACGAAAAGGUCAUGGAUAACUUAACAUUCCAGAGUGAGCUUCAUGGGUUAGCUGCUUUGCAAUGGUCAAUUUGUCAAGACUCCCUUAUUGUUAUGGUUGACAGGUCGAAUGAGGCUCGAUUGAUGUAUGAGAAGCUUCGGUCUCAUCCAAAUGCUCAAGUGAGUAAGAAAGCAAGACAAUUCAUGUUCAGCUUUCAGGCCAUGGAGAUGAUGAAGGUCACAACAAGCACUCCUUUUAACACAGGUUAUCAGAAUUUUUUCGAAGCCUUUGUUCAAAAUAAAUCCAACUAUCCCCUUAAAGAAGUUGAGAUUGAAGAGGGUGCUCUGAGUCAAGUUCUCCCAUAUAUUAUUUUUCUUGUUUCUCCCAUUUUUGCCGUAUUACUUAUUGCUGUACAAAAGAGAACAUAAAUUGGAAGCUGGAGUUAAUAUCAGACUGGGGAAUGAUUAAAAGAAUAUUUGUCCUUGGAAUUGUAUAUAUCUUACUUACCAAAAGAAAAAUGAAUUAUAUGUAUCUCCA